ACCCGGGCCCCAGAAAUAGAACAGGCCCUGCACAGUCUCUCCUGGAUGCCAGUCGGACGCUGAGGACAGACGCCAGGCCGAGGGAGCCCUGGACACUCCAGGCUCUUGUGAUAGCAGGGCUGCUGGGCAAGCAUAAGGAGACACUUAGCUCUCUCUUGAACUUCGAGAUCCAGACAACCAGAAGUCUUCUAUGGCUCCCUAUCACAUCCGCAAAUACCAGGAAAAUGACCGCAAACGGGUCAUAGAUUUGUUCUCUAUGGCGCAGGCCGAGCACAUUCCUGCCACCUUCCGCCACAUCCUGAAGCUGCCCCAAACCAUUGUGCUCUUGCUUGGGGGACCCCUUGCCGUAAUCCUAGUCUCUGGCUCCUGGGUUCUGGCCUUUGUGGCCAGCCUCGCCCUCCUUGCUGCCCUGAGGUUCCUUGCCAAAUACCCCUGGAAGCAGUUUGUAGCCAUGUCUUUGCGCACAGACAUGUCUGACAUCACUAAAUCUUACCUCAGUGAGCGUGGCUCGGGCUUCUGGGUGGCUGAGUCUAAGGGGCAGGUGGUGGGCAUGGUGGGAGCACUGCCUGUUGAGCAGCCCACCCUGCAGCAGCAGCAGCUGGAGCUGCUUCACCUGUGCGUGGCCCCUGAGCACCGAGGUCACGGGAUAGCAAAAGCCCUGGUCAGGACUGUCCUCACGUUUGCACGAGACCAGGGCUACGGCGAAGUGGUCCUGAUCACCAGCAUGCUGCAGCACUCUGCCCUGGCCCUUUACCAGCGCCUUGGCUUCCAGAAGACGAGACAGUUUUUCUUAUUCAAAAAAUGGAGGCUAAUUUCUCUCUCUCAAAUUCAAUUUACCUACUGCCUCCCCUCUGCUCAGGUCUCUCAGGCACUGGAGCAGGGAGGGGGCCUGUGAUCUGCUUUCUAGCGGAUUAGUCAGGAGGAAUCGGCUCUGCUGCAGAAAGAGGCAGCCCCUGACGUCUCAGUGUGACGGCCGGGUAAAAGCUUAUGGCUUUGCGUAGUGGUGCUGGGGGUGGGGUGGCUCUGCUCCACUCAAGUCUCUUGGGAUUGCUACUGUUUCAUUUAUCUAAUGCCAAGAGGUUGUUGCAUGAAAAACUACCACAAAACAAUAAUAAACCUUUUUCUUUGGCUCAUGA